GAGAGAAAAAAAAAAUCUGAAGGCUCAAAGGAGACGAGAUUCCCUCAUCAUCAUCACCAUCAUCAUCACCAUGUCUCUUUGGACACUGGUUCAGUGUCUCCAGGAGGAGAAGAGGACCGGACCACAUUAACGCGCUCCUAACACCAUUUAACGUUGGCCAGCGGAGUCAAGUGGACUUUUCAAAUAGGUUUGCAUCUUUCACAUGUAAUCCGACGCUGUGAUACAUGCAUUGGCGUAUCAAGGGCCAUCCAUAUUUCUCCGGCAUCUAAUUUUUUUUCACCAGAGGAGUGAUAUAGCCUGCUCUGACGUCUGCAUCAGAUAUUACCCAGUGCUUUUUCAAUGUGCAUUUUCCCCUCAGUGACUUUGCGCUGAUCUACAUCAUCAUCAGCGGCAGCAGCAGCAACCCGGGGUAAAGAAGAAGAAAAAACAACACUGGGAAUGAAGAUUUCAUUUUUCCUUUUUUUGAACCCACCGCUCCCCUUCAGCCGACCAGCGUUUCCAGCUCAAACAAAUAUCUUUUAACAACAUCACGUUGUGGAAUAGUCUGGGCGCCGGAGCCUCGCUGGAACCAUGCCUCUUCUGCAGAUUUGGACUGGGAAAUUUCAUCCACCGAUUUGAUCUUUAGCGAGGGUGCUGCUCACUCAUUCAUGCCAGUGUUUGUUUUUUUAAGGGGAAGAGCACUUGUCAUCACUUUUAAAAAGUAUUGUGUGUGCUUUGUUUUUUAAUUUUUGAGCAAGAUGUCUGAUCUCCUGGUGUUGGUCGAGGGGCUCUGUGACCUGCACGGAUUUCCAUAGCUGGGGAACAAACAGUGGGGGCCAAUUACGAGAUUUAAAAAAAAAAUAGACAAUAAAAAUCAAGAAGCCUGUUUUAAUGAAGACAUCGCAUGCGUAGAUGUAGGCUCGUUUACACCGCAUUUUUAAAAGGCAAUUCUUUUUUUGGAUUGCCAGUUUUUUUUUUACUUUGUGCAUUUUCGGGGAGGACCACAGGACUGGUUGGAUUAUAGAAACUAAAUACCAGGAUUUGUGGAGAUGUUGGGUCGUCAAGAAGAUAAAUUAUGUGGAAUUUUCUCUGCUCUGGCGGCUUUGUCCUUCGUAUGCUUUGUUCAAAGCUCCUCCACUGGAAGCUCCGGAAUGUCUGUGGCCAAGACUACCGUGGACAAGUUGCUGAAGGGAUAUGACAUCCGUUUAAGGCCUGAUUUUGGAGGUUCUCCAGUCAUCGUAGGAAUGAGCAUCAACAUAGCAAGUAUCGACUCCAUCUCAGAAGUAAACAUGGACUAUACCAUCACAAUGUAUUUCCAGCAGAGUUGGCGAGAUAAGCGUUUGGCCUACGGUGAGCUGAACCUAAACCUGACUCUGGACAACCGUGUAGCAGACCAGCUGUGGCUCCCUGACACCUACUUCCUUAAUGACAAGAAGUCCUUCCUUCAUGGUGUGACAGUAAAAAACCGGAUGAUCCGACUGCACCCUGAUGGCACCGUCUUAUACGGGCUGAGAAUAACCACGACUGCUGCUUGCAUGAUGGACUUAAGGAGGUACCCGCUUGACGAACAGAACUGCACCCUGGAGAUUGAAAGCUAUGGAUAUACCACAGACGACAUCGUAUUUUUCUGGCAAGGAGGAGACAGCGCUGUGACGGGCGUUGACAAGUUGGAGUUACCUCAGUUCUCCAUCGUUGGCAUCCGCUUGGUGUCCAGGGAGGUCAGGUUUACAACAGGUUCAUAUCCAAGGCUUUCGCUGAGUUUCAAGAUUAAGAGGAACAUUGGAUAUUUCAUCUUGCAGACAUAUAUGCCCUCCAUCUUGAUCACCAUCCUCUCCUGGGUCUCCUUCUGGAUCAAUUAUGAUGCCUCUGCAGCUCGGGUGGCCCUGGGUGUGACAACGGUGCUGACCAUGACCACAAUUAACACCCACCUUAGGGAGACUCUCCCAAAGAUUCCGUAUGUGAAAGCCAUCGACGUCUACCUCAUGGGCUGUUUUGUGUUUGUGUUCCUGGCCCUGCUUGAAUAUGCCUUUGUAAAUUACGUGUUCUUUGGCCGGGGCCCUGCGCAACAGAAGAAAAUCAAUGAGAGGCUGAACAAAGCCAACAACGAGCGCUCAAGAUACGAAGAGAAGCGCCUGAGGGAACAGGACUCCAUUUCCGUGCCGUUUCAAACCAACACCUUCAGGUCAUUUACACAGCGAAGAAAUCUGUAUCUCGAGGAACAAAGAAAAGUUGGGGUGGAUGCUUACGGAAACAUCCUCCUCACCACGCUGGAGAUGAACAACGAAGUGAUGCCUUCUGACGUGGGGAGCAGCGUCAGUGACUCUCGGAAUUCGGUCAUGUCCUUUGACAGCUCCGGGGUCCAAUUCAGGAAGCCCAUGGCGCCCCGAGACGGCUUCAGCCACCACUCGCUGGAUCGGAGCGCCAUGCGGAGCCGGGCCAACUGUCGGCUACGACGACGCUCCUCCAAGCUCAAGUUGAAAAUCCCCAACCUGUCAGAUGUUAGCACCAUUGACAAGUGGUCCCGGGUCAUUUUCCCUAUCACCUUUGGAUUUUUCAACCUAAUCUACUGGUUGUACUAUGUGAAUUGAUGUGCAUCCCACUAGGAAUCAUGGGCCAUAUUUUGAGAGCACAUUAAAUUGGCUUUGAUACAGUUCCAAAAUAUGUAUACACAUAUACAAGUUGAACAUAUGUAUAUGCAUAUUUCUAUAUAUUAUAUUUAUAUAUACACGUGUGAAAUCUGAAGGACCUUUCUGCUGUACAAAGUAUUAAUAGGAUGACUUGAAUGUUUAAGAAUAAUUGUGAGAGAAGAAUUUCAAGGCUUUGAUUUUUUUUUUCCUCCCGAAACAAACCAACAAACUAACAAACAAACCGACAAACACGAGAUCCCACCAGGGGUUUUUGGAACUAAAGACUGCAUGAUAUUUUUGCUAUAAAAAAGAGAAAAAAAAACGACAACGAAAAAAACGAGGAAAAAAGAGGAAGUGAAAGCUCUUGAGAGAGAAAAGAUGUCUCAGAGUCCCAUUGACUUUUUAUUGAUACUUAUUGUAAUCAAAAAUCCUCUACUGCAGCUCAUGAAAUCAGUGGCGGCUUGUCUGUUCAGGCAUCAGCUGAGUGAGAUCCUUGACACCCCCCCUCUUCUCCCCCACCCCAACCCGUCUCCCCUCCUCCUCCUCCUCCUUGCCUCACCCCUCGCCAUUAACCCAUGGAUAACAUGCACGGAAAAUCUCCGGUUCUACUAUGUACAGCAACCUUGUUUGGAUUAUGUGUUGUUCCUUGGGUUUUUUGAAGUGAUAUCGUUCUCUUUAUCAGACAUCAGCUCUGGCCUAAUGGUCUCCAUUAGAGGGCCGUGUGGAUGGGAUGUUUGACCGCCGCAUUCCCGCCCAGAGUCAACGCAAACUUGUGUUCCUUUCUCUUCUCAUGUUAUUUUUAGAAACAUGUCCUGGGAAGGCGGGAAGGGAGGCGGGAGGGGGGCUCUUUUUCAUUAUGGUCAAAAACAAAUACUGAUUAUUGUAGAUAUGAUUUUGUCUUGAAAAAUACUGUGAUUUCAGAGAGUGUCAGAACAUGUUCUAGAGCUAGGGCAUUAUGAGAUAAAAAGAGUCAAAGGUAUGCAUUACUCAUUUUGAUUGUUUGAAAAAAAAAAGCAUAUUCUGUACAUUUUAUCAUUCAAUAUUUCAUGAAAGUGUACUUGUGCUGUUUCUUUCCUCCUGAUGAUCGAUUCACACGCUCUUUAGAUGCAGAGUUCAUUGACGUCAUAUCCUGCUUUGUGUUUGCUAAAAAGGAAAAUGGGGAAAGAGGGGGGGAUUGCUUUUGUGAUUCGUUUGAAAAUUAUUCCACAGUGAAGAUGUUCGAACAUGUAUAUUCAAAAGAGUCAACAUAUCCGCCCACAGUUUGACCAGUUGUCAUUCAGUAUACAGUAGUUCUUUGUUUGUUUGAGCAUUUCUUCUGUGUUGGAGUCGCCGUUUUUCUGAAGGCAAGAUUCUUUGAUUGGGAUAAUAACGGGGCAGAAGGUGUGGGGAGAAAGGAUUCAACAUUUCACACUCAAACUCAGUCAGUGCCGUUCCGUAAAAACGCUCCGAACCCCGAGGAUCAGAAACGAAAUCCUGAUCAGGAAUGAUACAGUGAUUCUUGGGGAGGAAUACGUCUGAUAAAUAGCCAUGAAUUGAAUGAAAACACGACCAAAAGGCCUAUAAUCCAUAUGCAUUAUUGUUUUGCUCUUAAACACACACACACGCACUGCAUUUACAGCACUCAGGUUCAUUUGCAAAGAAGAAAAUGUAUUGUAGGACCUUGAUAUUUAUUUUAUGUAUAUACUUAUUAAAAAAUCCAACUAGAUAAUUGUGUUUACAGAUUAUAGAUUCCAAAUCGAAUUUGGUUUGCGUAGCCGCCAAAUAAGGAUGGACGAAAUACAGAUGACUGAGGCUCAGUUGGCAUUGGACAUCAUAGUGAAGAAAGGAAAAUCCUUGCUUUAGCUUCAGCUGAAGUGCAUUCUAGCAUUUUCCUCAGUGCCACCUCCACUUCAGCAAGCAAACAGUAAAUACCUGCACAUCCAAAUCUACUAAAGAGAGAAAUUAUACAUAUAUAAACAUGUGGGGGCAUGAAGAAGAUGGAGGAGCUGUGGAGUAACGAGAGGAAAAAUGGGGGUAUGAAUUUAUCACCAGAAACCUCCCCUCCUCUCUGGUGUGCCGGCUGUAGUAUGCAUAAGAUGUGUUCAAAAAGGAAUACUGAUCAGAAACCAAUUUGUCUCCUGAAGUCUUUGUGAAGUUCGUACAGUGAUGUGGCCCGAGCUGUGAUCUGGGUUUAGUAUUUCUUUUUGGUUAAAUUUUAUGCAUCAUUGUCAUAUUGUGUGGAGAAAAGCAAAAAACUAACUAGUAGUCCAUUAAAAAAAGACGCAGUGUUGAAGUCGAUGAGAGCGGCAGGAAAACAAGAUGAGUUGUACAUUUGUGUCCGAGAAAUCUGUUGUCUCAGUCAUCUGUGAAUCCAAACGUGUGGCCAAAACAUUGUGAUUAAAUGUGAAAAGAAAGUGUUUUAUGAACCACGAAGCAGGUUCUGCUGCAUUGUGAGGAAUAUGUAUUCGGUAUUAUACUGUAGUAAGCAUAAAGGUGAGACUGGUGAAAUCAGAGUUCUUCAAAAGUUGCCAAAUAGAAAUGAGUUACGAUUGAAAAGCAGUGCGAACUUGAAAACGCAAAAAAAAGGAAAAUGCUGGUUUUCUAGAAAAAGCUCUCCACUGAGUUAGCAUUGCACUGUCAGGCUCUUAAUGGACAUUGUAGAGCACAAAAACAGCAGAUGUUUUACUUCCUCUCAAUCCUCAUUGUCAAAAUCUGGCCUCCUACAGUACAUUACCCACAAUAUCACAUCCCUUAAGACACAAAUGCUAUAUACAGCUUUUUCUACGUAUGCAGUAGUCCUCCCCAACACCUGUGAACUGACUUUGAUGUGCUAAACUGUUGGAGUUCCCCUUUAACUCAUUAUUGACAUCCCUGUGACAUGUAUGCUGCAACUUAUAAAGUAGUUCUAAUGUGACAAAUGACAUUAUUCUAAGGUACGAUUCUCUUUUUGACACUCAAUUUUGCAAUCAGAUGAGAAUCAAAUUAUAGUUUAUUCCAUUAUUGGUAUAAUAUUUCUGAUGUUCGAUCCCUUAAUUAGGGGUAUUUCAGACGUUUGCUUUUAUGUUACAGGUAGAAUUUCUUACCAAAUUCAAAUGAAGGCAGGUAGGAAUGAAUGCAGGUUCAUACAAAUAGUACGCAUUAGUGUUUUUUAUAUAUACAUAUAUAUAUAUAUUUGCAUCAUUUCAUCCCAAUCUGCACACUAACAGCUCGUCAAACUGUUCAAAUGGAAUAUGAUGGAUCUUUAGUGAGAGUUCAGUCAGACUGUGAGGCCAGAGUAUUUGUCCCAGUGCAAAAUAAGCACAUAUUGUUUGUAAAAAAAGAAAAAAAAUAUGGGCAACCAUAAGUGUUUUUUGAAGUAAAACAGUGGAACAUGUUUGACUAAGAAGCAGCCUAAUCCAUCUCCUAUGUGAUCUCAAUGAGAUGCACUUACAGUACGUUUUGUAAUGUAGCCAAACAAGUAUCAAAUUCUGGUUCAGGUGUCCAGAAAUGAAUACAAACAUGCCUGUUCAGGUUUUUUUUUUUUUUUGAAAACAGUCGAUGCAUAUCUUUACCGAACUCCACACACAUAUGGAGGAGAAACAUUAGCAGCCCUUGCAUGCUCGCAGUUAAUAUAUUCACCAGUCAUUUCAGUCAGAACAUGUAAUACCUGCUUUCUGAACAUGAAGUCAGCACAUUCAUCCCAAAAGCUGUGAGGAUCUUCUGUUUGAUGCUUUCUCCUUUUAGGAUAUUUGCUUCUACGAGAGAGAAGUUACAUUUCUUUUGACACAUGUUCAAGGAGUAGACGAGGAGGAAAAAAAAGUGUUGAACUGAUUUCAAUGUGAAUUUUCUUGCCUCUAGUGUAUAUGUGUAAUUACAUGUGAAUUGUACUGUAAAUAUGAUAUCUUUCACUUAAUAGUUCUUAAUGCAUGAACAAAAACAUGGCAGUUCGUAAUACCAGCUAGCCUCACUGCUAAUGGCAUGGACAGCUUCUCUAGCAUUGGCAUACUUCUGCAAACGAAACCUAAAAAAUGAAACACAAGAAAUACACGGUGUGAACAAAAUAAUGGUAGAAAUCAACGCAAAGUCCUCAAACAGUGACGGAGAUUCUGAUGGUUUCAUCUGUUUCCUCCAGAGUAACGCUAAUGCUAACGCUGCCUGGAAAUUACAGGAUGUCUUGGUGCACUGUGAGCGAAUGGGAAUCUGUAGCUGAGCUUUCCCAUUUUUCUGAUCUGACCUCAGCAGGAGAUUUCCGCACUGCACACCUGCUGCAUUUACCUCAACAAGUCACUCACGAGUCUACUCGGAAAGUUGCGGGCAUGGUCGGCUAGCUGGCUUAUAGAGGCUAGAGGAGCAGGGUUGCCUUAAGAAGGCGAGUGGGAUGUUCUUUCCUGUUCCUCAAUAAGACAGUCACGUGUGCCCUUGAGCAAGGCACUUAGCCAAUUGCCCAGAUGCAGCUGCUCAGUUGCCGAAAUCUGUGCAGGAAAGUAGCAUUUUUUUUUUUUUUAGCUAGGUGAGAGCAUUGAUAGAAAAUUUGUUUCCUGGAUGAAACACUUCCACGAACGUCCUUUAGUUCUAUAGGAGUAAAUUAACCGAACACUGUCGUGUGAUCACACCGAGUCUGUUACAUUUGGGUAAUGCCCUUUGAUGCUUGUGGUACGUACCGUGUUAGAUGCCUUUUCACAUUUUGCCAUAAUUACCAGUUGGGAUCUAAUAUGGAAAAAUUUCUGAGUCACGUCACUCUCCGUUGACUCCACUUUAAGAUGUGUGAGUGAAUCUCCUCCAGCAAAACACCAGAACAAGGCUGACAGACUCCUCACUGUUGGAAGAACUUUGCUUGGUGCGUUCAUUAUUUUGUACGUACCUUGUAGGUUUUGUUUUGCAUGACCUGAGUUUUGAAAGGUUUAUUUUCAUAUAUUUUUACUCCACACCAUCCGACUCAUCGCCACAGCCAGGAAAAAGAAAGAUCCAGUGUUUACAUGCUCAAAUUGCACUUGUUUUACAGCCAGCUCUAUAAAUCCUGUGAAACAAACUGUUCGUAAAACUGGAGGACAAAUGUAACCACAGAACGUACAUCGUGUGAUUCCUGCGAAUCAUGAACAUGUACUUCUAGAAAAUGUAUUUCCUGUAUGUCACGCAAUUUGGAAUAGAUGCACCAAGUGCAUGCUGUAGUUUUAUCAGGUUCAGCAUAAGCAUUAACAUCAAACGCCCUUCAACUACAAAGGAUGUAAAGGAUGCUCGCCAGUAGCAUCUGAACGUAAGCCAUGUGAUUGCACACUGAGUAGGUGUUCCCUGUAUUUUCUCUUUAAUAAGUUGCCUCUGGUUAUGGUCUGUUCUUACUGUAUGAGGAGACUUGCAAGAAGCUGUGCUGAUUCGCAGUUACACAUCAGUAUACUGUACCUCCCUCUUUGGAAGAGUCUAGCAGGCAGACUAUCUCAUGCUUAACCAGUAGGUGAGGAAAUAUUUUCCAACUCUUUAUGAUAUUUGGCAAUGAAAAGAACGAAACCCACAAGAUCAACAGCCUAUUUAUUUUUCAGUAUGAAUUAGUAAAUGAUUUUGUUCAUUUCUGUGUUCAUUUCUGAUUUAUUGUAUUUGUUGCAUUUGUUAUGGAUUGUUAUUCUUACUGUUGUUGUUGUUUUAUCAUAAGAAGGAAAUGUAAUUCAUCUGAUAUACUGGCACUGGAAGAAAAAUGCAUUUGGUUUUUGUACUGUAAUUGUUUUGUUCACAUUGGGCGCUUAUUUGAUUCAGUUGUUUAAUAAGGUGUUUGAUUUCACCUGGAGUAUCAGUACUCAUGGAAUCAACAUUUGUGUAGUAUGAAGUUGUAUUUUUUUUGUCAGUGCAAAUUAAUGUUAUAGUGUCAAUCAGCUUUUUUAGGUGUUUGAACAAAAUGUGUUUUUACAAAUACAAGGUGUUCAAGUAUGUGGUAUAAAAAGGGUUAUCAUUCAAACAACCGACUUUUUACAAAUAAAGGCUUAUACAGUAAAGAAAGCUAAUGUCUUUUCAUUUGCCCUUUGUGGACUAAUAUACAACAUUGUUUCAUUUGACUUUGUAUUAAUUUAUUUUCAGAUAUUAGUCCCCAAAAGGUAAAUCGCAUACAAUGUUGCAAAAUAAGAGGAUAAAAUCAGGUAUUUUACCAUUGCUAUUCCAGGUUGUUGUCAGAGCUCUCACCUCUUAGUUGGUGUCUUGCUUUUGAUAAGGACUGUUGGAUAUGAAGACAGUCUGAAAACAAAAUUUAAGAAAAAUCAAGAGUGUCUUCUUUUAAUUUGAGUACAAAACAUUGCGCGUUUAUGAGAAUAUACCUCCUUUCAUACCCUAUUUCCUGAAUAAAGACGCAAAGUGA